UGGCCAGUUUGCUAUAGUGAAGAAAUGUCGAGACAAGAGCACGGGGCUGGAGUAUGCUGCUAAGUUCAUUAAGAAACGCCAGAGCCGGGCCAGCCGCCGCGGAGUGAGGCGCGAGGAAAUCGAGCGGGAGGUCUCCAUUCUGCAGCAGAUCCUGCAUGCCAACAUCAUCAAGUUGCAUGACAUCUAUGAGAACAAGACGGAUGUGGUCCUCAUCCUUGAGCUGGUUUCUGGAGGAGAACUUUUUGAUUUCCUGGCACAGAAGGAAUCUUUGAGUGAAGAGGAAGCAACGAGAUUCAUCAAGCAGAUUUUAGAUGGUGUGAAUUACCUUCACUCUAAGAAAAUUGCUCACUUUGAUUUAAAGCCUGAAAACAUUAUGCUUCUAGACAAGAAUAUCCCUAUUCCACACAUCAAACUCAUUGACUUUGGCCUGGCUCACAAAAUAGAAGAUGGAGUUGAAUUUAAAAAUAUUUUUGGAACUCCAGAAUUUGUGGCUCCAGAAAUAGUGAACUAUGAACCACUGGGACUAGCUGCAGAUAUGUGGAGCAUAGGAGUCAUCACCUACAUACUCCUCAGUGGUGCUUCUCCUUUCCUUGGAGAAACUAAACAAGAAACACUUGCCAACAUCACAGCUGUGAAUUACGAAUUUGAUGAAGAAUUUUUCAGCAACACCAGUGAUUUGGCAAAAGAUUUUAUUCAGAAACUUCUGGUGAAAGAUACACGGAAACGGCUUACAAUUCAGGAGGCUCUGUCCCAUCCAUGGAUAACGCCAGUGGACAAGCGACAGGCUUUGGUUCGGCAAUCGUCUGUUGUUAACAUGGAAAACUUCAAAAAGCAAUAUGCUAGAAGGCGAUGGAAGCUUUCUUACCAUAUUGUCUCAUUGUGCAACCAGUUGUCUCGUUCCCUUGUGAAAAAGGUCCUAAUAGAAGAUGAAAGUGUGAGGAACUGUGAAAGUGACAGUGAGGAUCUUUCUCAAAGAAAAGCCCCUCGUCGGAGGAGAAGUAGCAUAUCAUAA